AUGACUGUGGAGCUGACGGAGCGACUGGAGGUGGCAGAAACACAGUUGCGCACCAGAGAUACGGAGCGCCGCCAGUCUGCGACGGCGGACCGAGAGGCAGCAGAAGCGGCACGUGAACAUGAUGCUUCAUUGAGUGUACAGCUAUCAUCUGCGUUGGCAGCUCUAGAGCGACUCGCAGAGGAGCGUGAAGAAGCAGCUGAGAAGGCGUUACAGAUGGAGGCGUGCAUAGCAUCUUUGGAGGAGUCAUUGCACGAACUACGUAUGUUACUAUCGGAGAGUCGUAAUGAAGCGCUUUCCCUUAGAGAGGAUCUAGAUGUAAAGGGUAAAUUGUUGUCUGAUGCUCUCUCUGCUUUAGAUCGUGUUGGUGCUGAUCAUGCAAAUUCAGAAAUUGAGUGGGGUGAGCGUAGUGAACGUUUUCUACGAACAUUUGAAGAAUUGCAGUCACAGUUUGCUGUCACAAAGAAAGGUUUUGAAGAGCAGUGGCAACGGCGUAGUGAGGCUUGUACCGCAGAGUUAAUUGCUGCACGACGUAGUGCACACCGUGCCACUGAGGCUCGAAAACGUGCGGAAGAACGCGCGGCAUUGUGUAUGCAGGAGUGGGAACAAAUGCAUGGGGAACUGCUUAGAUUACAGCGAGAGUAUCGUGUGGUUGAGCGUAUAGUUCGUGCACAUGGCUUAUAUUCUACACCGCACGUAGAUGAUAUUGACGAGAGUGGGGAAACACCUCCAGGUGUUCGUCCGUGGAACUCUGAAGGUGUCGAUCUAGCUCAGUUUUUACAGAUUUCUAGCUUACAGGCGGAUCUCAUGCUUUCCCGUAAAAAAUGUCGUCUUUUAGAAUCUAGACAAGAGGAGUUACAGGCGGCAUUGGAAAGAAGUGAGUUACAGUUGGCUUCACUUCCUGCAAGUGUUGAGGAAAGUCACAUUGAGUUACGACGUGUACGGGAUCAGCACGAGACUCUUUUACAUGAACAUCAGCGAUUAGAGGAGAAAUAUGAAGCUGUUAAAAAGCAGAGGAUAGAGGAAGUAGAGCAGCUUCGCCAGCAAAGUGAACGGUUAAUGCAGCAGUUAAGGGAAAAACGAGACAAACUGACAACUUUAACACGACAUAUGCGGGAAUCAGAGUUAUCAGCUAAGCAACAAGCAGAAGAGUUAUCCGAUGCAUUUAAUGUAUUGGAUGGACAGAUGCGUCUACUGCGAAGUGAAGUUGAAUCAAAUUCCCGACAGUCACGAUCUUCCAGACAGCAUAAUGAAAAGGUAGUAGCGGAUGCGGAAACGAAGAUGCUGCAGGGACGCAUUAAAUUCUUACAGCGCACUCUUCAACAGAAAGAAGAAGAAAUACGCCGCCUCCAAGAGGAGCUCGAACGCAAAGAGGAGUUGCUUGAUAGUUUUGAAGAUCAGGUAACAAGUGCCACACAUGAUUUGGAAAACACAUCGCGAAAGAGCGCCCAACUAGAACAAACAGUGCAUCAUUUAAAACGCAAUAAUCUUGAGUUGCAGGAAGAAAUACGCAUCCUGAAAUCCCGAGCUACAGUUCACUCAGAGCAGCAAAACACACCGACUUCAUCAGGAUUACGUGUUGCUGUACAGCGGUCAUCUUAUGUAUCGCGCGUUACGAGUACAACUACGACACCUGUUCGAGGAACAGAUGUCGUGCGCGAUUUAACUCCAUCUUCUCGUGGUAGUAGCAUAGAAGGUCAACAAGAGCAUCAGACAGAAUCAGAACGACGUGGUAGAAAACGUUCACGCUCUACAAAAAGAAGAUAA